ACAUAUGAGUACCUAGGGAGACGUGGUAUUGGAGGCUUGAGCCGGCUAUCAGUAAGUUUAUUUUUAUCUGCCGGCGAAAUUGUUGUUUUGAUGUACUGAGGUCGAUUAUGUUGAUAUGCGUGGGAGAUUUGCGAAUUUGUGUUUGGUUGCUUUGACUGUAAAACUUGAAUUUAAAGCGGCGUAAGUUCCUGGAUAUUUUUAGUAAGGCGCUCGUUUAGUGCUGGUCCAGUUCACUUUGGCUGCGUGGAAUUCUAGUAGUGGCUUUAGUUUGAAGUGAACAUAUUGUGAGCUACGUACGAAGAUGGCUAAUCCUAAUCAAGAAAUUAAAUAUACCAAGAUUUUCAUCAACAAUGAAUUCGUGGAUUCUGUAUCAGGCAAGACCUUCCCUACCAUCAACCCUGCGACCAAAAAGAAAAUAGCUGACAUCGCGGAAGGAGAUAAAGCUGACGUUGAUCUAGCUGUUGCUGCUGCUAAAGCCGCAUUUGCCAGAGGAUCAGAAUGGCGGAAACUAGACCCACCCGCACGUGGAAAACUCAUUUUAAAGUUUGCGGAAUUGCUUCAACGUGACGCAACCAUCCUUGCCAAUCUCGAAUCCUUAGAUAAUGGAAAACCUUUCGGUGACUCUGUAUUUGAUAUUACAUGCGCUGUGGAAACAUUCGAAUACUAUGCAGGAUGGUGCGACAAAUACUUCGGUGAAACAGUACCAGCCCCUGGAACUAUGGUGUCAUUUACUCGUAAAGAACCUGUUGGUGUUGUUGGACAAAUUAUUCCAUGGAAUUAUCCUAUUUUGAUGCUUGCUUGGAAGUGGGCCCCAGCACUUGCAGCAGGUUGCACAAUUGUCCUAAAGCCGGCCGAGCAAACCCCACUUACAGCUCUUUAUUGUGCGGCUUUGACCAAGGAAGCUGGUUUCCCUGCGGGCGUUAUAAACGUUGUUCCUGGUUAUGGACCAACAGCUGGAGCGGCUAUUUCAAAUCACAUGGAGAUUCAGAAGAUUGCAUUCACAGGAUCGGUUCCAGUUGGUAAAAUUAUCAUGCAAGCAGCGGCCACAUCAAAUUUGAAGAGAGUCACUUUGGAAUUAGGCGGAAAGAGUCCUUUGGUCAUUUGUGACGAUGCUGAUUUGGACGAAGCCGUCAAGAUUGCUCAUAACGCCAUAUUCGCCAACCAUGGUCAAAACUGCUGUGCUGGUAGCCGGACCUUUGUACAAGAAAAUAUUUACGAUGCAUUUGUGGCAAAAGCUUCGGCUAUGGCUAAAGCCCGAAAAGUCGGUAACCCAUUCGAAGAUGGAAUCGAGCAAGGACCUCAAGUUGAUGAUGAAAUGUACAACAAAGUUUUGGGAUACAUCGAAAGCGCAAAACAAGAGGGUGCGAAGCUUGAAGCUGGCGGAAAGGCUAUUGGAAGUGCUGGGUAUUUCAUCGAACCGACUGUGUUCUCCAAUGUUACUGAUAACAUGAAAAUCGCCCGUGAAGAAAUAUUCGGUCCGGUGCAGUCAAUCUUCAAAUUCAAAACUUUGGAUGAAGCUAUCGAAAGGGCCAAUAAUACAAUUUACGGAUUGGCAGCAGGCAUAGUUACGAAGGAUAUCAACAAAGCCCUUACUUUUGCCCAAUCUGUAAACGGAGGAUCUGUCUGGGUUAACUGCUACGAUUUCGUCAUUCCACAAGUUCCGUUUGGAGGUUUCAAUCAAUCUGGUAUCGGUCGCGAACUGGGAAAAGAUGGUUUGGAACAAUACCUGGAAACAAAAACUAUCACUAUUAACCUUACAUCACCAACAAACUAGUAUGGAUGAAGCAAGAAAAUAAACAUUUUUUGAGCAUGUGUGCUA